AAAGGCUCUGGUUUUAGAGCUCAGCCUCCAGUGGUGAUGGCGAACCUGGAGCUGAAAGCUCACUAAAGGAAGUUGUCUUUGAGCUCAUCUCAUCCUGGUACAAUGCCCUGGGUCUGCUCGGUGGUCUGACGACUCCACACACUCACAACACCGACACGGUUCAUCGGCUUCUGGGCUGGAGGACGAGCCGACUCUUCACCCGCCACGGACCGGUUCAUCAGGCGACUCGGAGAUCCGGAGGCUCCCUCUGAACCCGCACAGUCUCCAGCGGUUUCUCUGAAGUCUGGAUGUGUUUUUGCGCGUUUUGAUUUGCAGCACUGAACUACCGAAAGCACUGCAUGAAGACGCCAUGAGGGUGUGCGUUCCAGGCUGCAGGAGAAUGGACUCCACUCUAACACUGCUGCUGCUGCUGCUUGGCUGGACAGUGGGCUCAUCUCUGUAUGUCGCAGACGGUCGAUCACCUCGUCUGGCUCUGGAGAAGAGCUUGAGCUGGCCACCCAAAGACAUGCAGUGCCAGCACAUGCUAAAGCGUCUCCAUAACGGAGCACGUGUUACCGUGCAGAUGCCACCCAAUAUAGAGGGCAACUGGGUUUCCACCAGCUGCGAGGUACGUCCUGGCCCAGAAUUCAUCACCCGCCUCUACCACUUCCAACACAACCACACGUUUCAGGCUCACCAGUUCUACUACGCCGAUAACCACUGCACGGUGCCCACCUACACGCUAGUGAUCCAGGGCCGUGUGCACAUGCGCCAGGCCUCAUGGUUAAUUCGCGGUGGCACAGAGGCUGACUACCACAUCCACCACCUUCGGGUGGUGUGCCACUCUGUGAGCACGGCAAAGGAGCUGAGCAGGCGUUUGACACACAGCUGCGAGGGAAUGAAAAGCACCUCCUUGGAGCCGAACAUAAGUUAUGAGCUCUGUAGCGAGGAAGGAAGCUGCAACUGCUCUCGUAGCCUGAACUUCGCCAUGCAUGAGCUACAGCUACUGCGUGUUGAAAAGCAAUACCUGAACAGGAACAUGGAGCAGCCCGUGGAGGAGCUCUUCCUAGGUGAUAUCGUGACUGAGCCGAGCCAGAGGAUGAGCCACAGGCCGUCCAGCUAUCAGCCGCCACUGCAGAACGCCAAGAGUCACGAACAUAACUGCAUCACGUGUCGGAUCAUCUCGCGCUCGGACGAGUUCCACCCUCCAAUCCUGCUGCCGCGGCCCGAGCUCACUGUAGACCUGCACGGCCAGUGGGUUUCCCAGCGGUGCGAAGUUCGUCCGGACACGCUCUUCCUCACAAGGCAUUUCAUCUUCCAUGAUAACAACAACACAUGGGAGGGUCACUAUUACCACUACUCCGAUCCCAUCUGCAAGCACCCGACUUUCAGCAUCUUUGCCAGAGGGAGGUACAGCCAUGGCGUGCACUCCACACGUGUCAUGGGGGGAACCGAGUUCGUGUUUAAGGUGAACCACAUGCGGGUGGUACCGAUGGACCCAGGCACUACAUCUCUCCUGAACAUCUUUGACGGUAACAAAUGUGGUGCUCAAGGCUCGUGGCAGAUUGGUGUGGAGCAGGACGUGACGUUGACCAACGGCUGUGUGGCGCUGGGGAUCCGCCUCCCGCACACCGAGUACGAGCUCUUUCGCAUGGAGCAGGACUCUCACGGUCGCUACCUGCUCUACAACGGUCAGCGGCCCAGCGACGGCUCCAGCCCUGACCGGCCUGAUAAACGUGCCACUUCCUACCAGACGCCGCUGGUGCAGUGCUCGACCAACAGCCAGAAGUCAGAGGUCAACUUUGGUCACCAUACAAAACGGCAGCAAAAGUUGAAAAACAGCUGUUGCCCAGCUCACAAAAGCUACUUGAUGGAAAGUGUGGUUCUUGUGGGAUUAACCAUGCUGAUUAUGCACUUCUUUGGUUGAAAGAACAACCCCAGAAGCUGAACUGGUAUUUCUGUACAUCUUUGUACAUAUUGACACAAGGAGGACCAGAGAAACGAAAGAACGCACUCUGGCCAUGUGGGAACAAGUUUACUUGACGCACUUGGGCAUUCUGCUCAUUUUUCUGGUUUCUGGCCUACAUCAAGGGUGGAUUAAAUGGAGAUGGAGAAACGUAUCGAGAGGCGGGACGUCUUUUUCUGCCUCUCCUGAAAAGAACUGAAACUGCUGCACCACAGUAACUGCACUUUAAUAAAGCAUGACUGGCAACUUGUAUGGUUCCCAUAUUUAAAAAGUAUUUGGUAACUCUUACGUUAUGUUAUGAGCUUCUUCAAAGAGGGUUUCCUGUUUAUUUUCUCAACCUUUACUGUAGACAUAUAUGCUAACAACGAGAUUUUUCGAUGGGUAUGAUGAGCAUAAGGGUGUGUAAGUGCAUUUAAAAGGACAGAACGAACCAAUUCAGGGUCGGUUGUGUACGUAGAUUGAAAGGAAAUGACAGCAUACCAUAUAGUCAGUGAUAAACUCUCACAGGACGGUAAAGAAUUAACAUUUGUUUCCCAUCCAUGAAACAGGAAACUGUAAAGUUGUUACACGGUGUUCAUGUUUAGUUUGGAGCAGAGCUGGAACAGGGCGGCAGAAGAGUGCCAGUUCUGAUUUCCUGAUGUCUGUAUGCGUGCUGGAAGCUAUCAUUUUUGCUUACUGUGUUGGGUUAUGGCACGAAGAAUAUUCCAAGCAACUGUAGCUUCGGAUGUCCAACCAAAAAACUGAUGUUUUUCACUGCAGCGGAAAUGAAAUAGCAAUAUUAAUUUCCCCCACCGGGAUGAAUUGUGCUUGCGGAAAAAGCAAGCAGAGUAAGACAUGAUACUGUUUAAGACCGAGAGGUUAUGAGGCAUUAGAGAUUUUUAAUUUUCCCCCUUCGGAUUUGUUUUGAUACAGAGUACUAUAUUGUUACUAAAGCCUAUGUAGAUCCACAGCUGAACUACAUGCAUCAUUACCUGUAAGUGCCUUAAAAAGACAUUGUCCUAAUAACUGGAUUGUAAAAUAAAUAGAAAUUAAACUAUUUGAAUGGGUUGUAA